UGUAGGCAAUGCUCCCUUCUGCCAUAGCCUGCAUAGGAUACCAGGAGUGGCAUAGCAGCUGCCUAGCAAACAUGUUCCCGCACAGCUUUGACUACAACCAGCCAAUGAGAAAACGUUGAGAGGAAGGAGACAUGAUGGGACAACUUCCAGAAGAUGUGGUGGGUGGCUGCACCACAGCGGAACUGGAAUGCAAGAUCUGCUACUGUGCUUACAGCCUAUCAAGCCGACGUCCCAAAGUACUUGAGUGCUGUCAUUAUCUGUGUGCCAAGUGCCUUGCAAAAAUUCUUGAUUUAGGUGAAUCGUUGCCCAAUACGGUGGUAUGCCCAUUCUGCCGCUACAUCACGAACCUUCCCGGAGAGGCUGUGGAAAGUCUACCAGAUGAGUACAACCUGGUGACAGCUUUCUCCAUCCAGACACAGAAGCAUCAGAACCUGAAUGAGAACCAAGGCGAUAUUCGCCUCAGCCACAGAGAUCUCAACUCCCUGGUGUGUCACUCUGCCUCAACUUCGCCUACUUCAAUUCUUUCUAAUUACAUGGUAAUUACCAUUAUGGACUCCCAACAGGAGUCUGUAUUUCCUUCGCAUAGCCCAGCUCCAGCUAGGGAUUACCGCUCUUCCAGCCUGGACUCCAUGGCCUCCAUUACACAGAGAUGGACAGUGUGGAACUGUGCAGCCCUGCUAUGCCAGACCUCAGCCAGGUUCCUGGUCUGGCUGUUGGGGCUGCUGUACUUCAGCUCAUUGCCUCUGGGUGUCUACUUGCUAAUCAUGCAACAUACAACAAUGGGGGUUUUGCUGGUCAGUCUGGUACCCAUCAGUCUUCUUAUUAUCAUGGUGUACGACCUUUGUCAGUGCCUGUGCCAUGAGUUGUGGGACUGUGUACCACUUUAAAGACCAAAGCAAUAUGUGAAUGUUAUGAGUGGAUAUAUUGUGAUUGGAUGCGCCACUUGUCCUGAAGGUUUGUGGGAAAUUUUCCAGUUCAUUCCAGAGUUCAUGGAUAAACAAUUAAAAAUAUACAAAGCGCAUGGAUUUAAUUUAGUAAUAUACAACUUAACUUCAUGUUAAACUUUAGAAUUGUAAAAAAAAAAUCUUAUCCAAUUUGAGAGAAUGAUCUCACGAUCUAGUAUGUAUUUUUAUAACCUGUAUAGAAAAUUCUGUAUAUAUUUGUUUGGAGUGCCUUUUCAUUGGAAGUUUGAAAUUAACAAUCCAAUAAAAAUGUCUACUGCAGGUUUACUGAUGCAUUUUUUCUGUCUAAAUACUUACCAUUUAAUAAUUUUGUUAUAUAUGUCAAAUGCAAGUCAUUUUGCUGCAAAGCCUGCAAAAUAAAAUAAAAAAGAAUAAUAAUAUUACGUUCCACUUUUACAUACAGUGUGCA